AUGGCGGGCUCGGCUCGAGCCUUCGUGGUUCUCAUUCUAGCCAUCACCAUCGGACUCUACAAGGUCUACCUACACGAUGCCGUCGUCCUCGUGCUCGGUAUCGGUCGAGUGAUUCAGCCUCUCGAAGACUUCCCAGGUUAUCGCUGCCAGCGCAUUCAGCACCCACUUUUGGAGAGUUGUGAGGACCUCUGGCUCGACUCCACCAACCGCAAGCUCUAUGCUGCCUGCUCCAACCCAGCCGCUCGUAAGGCCUGGAGCCCCGGUGGUAACACGUACGACCUCUCUGGGCUGGCAGCAGCCGGCGGCUCCGAUCACAUCAGUGUGCUGGACAUCGAUCGGCCGGGCCCCGACGGCUUGUACGGGGUACAUGCACUCGGCUUCCGUGAGGGAGGCAACAACCAACGAUUGCACUUGCAUGGGUUCGACGUGAGGCGAAUUGACCACGGUCGCCGACUUCGAUUCUGGUUGAUCAACCAUCGGCCUCCCAUGGACACUGCCACGGGGGAGACACUGCUGGACGCAACCCACGUGGGAGCCAACUCAACCAUCGACGUCUACGAUCUGGACCUCGGCAAUGCCCGCAAGGCUAAUCAUUUAGCGCACGUUAAGACGAUCGUCAGCGACGCCAUCAUCUCCCCGAACAAUCUGGUGGUAAUAGAUGGCGACAAGGGAGAUUUCCUGGUGACCAACGAUCACAGCACCAAGGUCGGCGCUCUCCGAGACCUGGGCUUGAUCUUCGGUGAUGGCAGCAUCGCCUACUGCCGUACUGAUACUGGGAAAUGCCACAUCGCCACGACGGAAAACUGCUACAUGCCCAAUGGGAUCACAAGGGACCCUUCAUCGGGCCGUAUUUAUGUUGCGCAUUCUGCUAAAGGUACUCUCGGAGUCAACAGGCUCACAGACGAUAACCGGCUCGUCCAAAUCGAUGAGGUUCCGCUUACGAUGAGCGUUGACAACUUGUCUAUCGAUGCGGAGGGAAAUGUAUUCGCGGGGGGGUUCCCAGAUGCAGCCAAGUUUUGGAAGGCAUGGGAUGACCCGUAUGGUACCAUGGCACCAUCAACGGUGCUCAUGAUCUGGAAGAAACGGGAUGGCCACGCACCAGGGGACACGUACGAAGUCGUCAAGGUCGUCGAGGACGGUGAAGCAAGGGUCCUGCCAACUACAACAACGGCGGUACAUGAUCCGAUCUCUGGCCGAUUAUUCCUUGGUGGAGUAACGUCGCCAUUUAUCGGAGUUUGCGAUAGGGUUGGGUAG